UAACAAGGAGGUGGUGUUUCAUCUUGUUUUUCUCAAUGUUUCUUUAUUCUUACAGUGAAAGUGCUGAUAAUUUCUCGAUGAGCUCGCUUGAUGAUCUUAUUCAAGAUUAUGCCUUCAAAACACUAGACAGACAUCGUACUGGCAUUCUAUACAAAGUACCUAUCCCCUCUAAUUUUUCCGGCAUCGAAGCUUCGGUUGCGCGGCUCAAGAGUGGGAGCUUCUGGAGUAGGGGAGCGAAUUUUAGCGAUGUUGGUAUUCCUCCAGGAAGUAUACCAAUUCCAUUUGUGAGGAGGGUCGCCAUUGUCUAUCAAAAUCUGGCGAAUUGGUCUUCUUACUAUUACAAUGUGCCUGGCUAUACAUUGGUUACGCCGGUCGUGGGUUUCUUAGCUUACAAUGUAUCCAAUUUCAAUAGCAACAGUACCACAAAGGUCAGCCUCCGUGUGACAAAGGAUCCAAUUUCUAUUAGCUUUCCGAGCGUUUCACUUCGAAGGGAUUCGAUGACCAAAUGUGCUAGAUUCGAUGCGAAUGGGUCCGUGCAACUUAGUGAGAUGACAUUGCAGAAUGUAUGCUUAACAAGAGAUCAAGGCCACUUCUCAAUUGUAAUUCCAUCCAUCGCACCAUCUCCAUCUCCAGUUGUUGUGGUUCAGAAGAAGAAAGGGAGGAAGUGGAAGGUGUGGGUCAUUGCGUGUAUCUGUGGAGUUGUUGUGUUGGUUUUGUUGGGUUUGGUUGGGAUGGCUAUUUUUAAAUCUGUGAAGAGGAAGAAGAUGGUGGAAAUGGAAAGAAAAGCUCAGGAAGGUGAGUCUUUGGGGAGUGUUUGGAUUGGGGGGAGUAGAAUGCCUUCAGCAACAUUUAUUAGAACUCAACCAACCCUUGAAAAUGAAAAUGCACCAUGAUUUUUAUUUCUUUCUAUUUUCUUCCUUUUAUUUUAAUAAAAGGUGAAGAUGGAAUGAGUUUGUUAGAUGAGUACAUGUCAUAAAUGAAGAAAUUAAUUGAGAAUUUAUUUUUUAUUUUUUAUUUUUAGCAUUUGUUGGUUUGAGAUUGGAGAAGGGAAAUGAAGUUUGGCAUUGUGAGAGAUGCUAUGAACAAUGGCAAAUGAAGUCCAUAUCUUUCAAUCUUUUUAAACUUGUGAAAGGGUUAGGUGUUAUUUGAUUAGGACCCAAUUUGCUAACUUCCCCAUUUAGAUUGUUGUUAGAAACAUGUUA